CGAAUGCGUUCAUGCGCAAAGCACUUUGACUUCAGAGAACCCACCCACUUUUCACUGAGGUAACACCGAACAGGCUGCAUAUGAGGUACUUGCCUGGCGCCCCCAAGCUUUGCGCCCUAGGCACGUGCCUCUUCUGCCUACCCCUAGUUCCAGCCCUGCUCUCCUCAUUGACUCAACUUAUGAGCACAGCCCCAGCACUGACUCGGAGCAGCGAGGGUUAAUAGCCGGGUGGGACGUGCCUUUGCACUACUCUCACUCUCUCAGAAAGGCUCAUACCACGGAAAGCAGAAGGGAGGAGGCACCGGAUGAAACCAUCCGAGACAGCCGUAGGGUGAGGGACACGGGCUCCAGUGCGUGACGCUCAUUCCCAAUAACUACAGCUUUUACACAAUCAGUGGCAAUUAUAAACCUGAGCCUCAACUGACAUCCUUCAGUCUAAGCAUGGGGUUUGCGGAAGAGUUACAGUGCCCCAAUGGGCAUGCUACUUUGUUACGUUUACAAGACACUGAACUUAGAGUGAUGGAGUCCAUGAAAAAAUGUUUUAUACAGCGUGCAAAGGGCGACAAAGAAUAUUCGAAUAUGCUUCACCAGAUUUCUGUGCAGGUCGAAAAGCUGGAUCAGUCGCUGACCCCUGGAUUAUCUGAAUACUCAAGCCAGCUCAGUGAGUCCUGGGCCACGUUGGUGUCUCAGACAGAGAACCUAAGCCAGAUUUUACGGAAGCAUUCAGAGGAUGUAAAUGCAGGACCCCUGAGCAAAUUAACCAUUCUUAUUCGGGAAAAGCAGCAGCUAAAAAAGUCUUAUAGUGAGCAAUGGCAACUUCUCAACCAGGAUUACAUGAAGACAACACAACAGGAUAUCGAAAAGCUGAGGUGUCAGUAUCGCAGCCAAGUAAAAGAAACUUUCCAAUCAAAGAGAAAAUACCAAGAGGCAUGCAGAGAUAAGGACCGCGAUAAAGCAAAGGAGAAGUAUGUGAAGAAUACAUGGAAACUGCAUGCACUGCAUAACCACUAUGUCCUGGCUGUUAGAACUGCUCAGUUACACCAUGAGCACCACUUUCUGUAUAGUCUGCCAACACUGCACGAGUCCAUGCAGAGCAUUCACCAGGAGAUGGUCCAGAUUCUCAAGAAUAUUAUGCAAGAAUACUCUGAAAUCACAAGUCUAGUACAAGAGGAAGUAGUUUCCCUGCAUAGAGAAAUUGCCAGUGCUGUUAACAGAAUCAGCCCUGAGCAGGAAUAUGACAAUUUUCUCCAGAUGAAAAGGUCAGUGUCUGAAUUGCCACCCAUUGUGACAUUUGAUACCAGUUUGCUGGAGGAGACAGAUGACCUGGAAGAAGAACUACAGCUAAAUGACCUGACAGUUGAGAGUGUGCAACAUACGUUGACGUCUGUUGAAGAAGAACUUGCUUCAGUCACGGCGGCCAUUGAAAGCAAACAGGAUAUAGUGAAACAACUACACUCCGAUAUUGCAAUAGAAGAAAAGACCACAGAUUGCAGAGAACAGCUUAAUCUGUUGGCCAAAAGACAUGCUCUACGGGAUGCCCUUCUGCAGUAUCACAUGACUCUCUGCAACAAGAACAAGAUCCAGGGCCAGAGAGAAAUGCUAAAGAGAAAGAUGAACACUAUUGGAUUUGGGGACCCUCCUCCUGCCCUUCAACUUCAGGAUGAUAACCAGUCAAUUACUUCAGUGGAGCGCGAAUGUGGGAAGAAAACAUUAGAAAAUAUAAAAAAUCACAUUUCUGGAAUAUUUCGGCCUAAAUUUUCUUUGCCUCCUCUUUUGCCUUUGGUCCCAGAUGUCCAGAAACCUCUCAGCCAACAGAACUGGUACCAUGGUGCCAUACCUCGCUCUGAAGUCCAAGGACUGUUGGUGAAUCGAGGGGAUUUCCUUGUCCGGGAGAGCCAGGGCAAGCAAGAAUAUGUGCUGUCUGUACUAUGGGAUGGGCAACCACGACAUUUUAUCAUUCAGAACGUAGAUAAUCUUUACAGGUUAGAAGGAGAAGGCUUUUCAACGAUCCCAUUGCUGAUCAAUCACUUCGUCAAAACCCAGCAAGCAGUGACAAAAAAGAGUGGUGUUAUCAUAAAUAAAGCUAUUUUUAAGGACAAAUGGGUGAUGGAGCAUGAAGAAGUCAUACUGGGAGAAAGAAUUGGAAAGGGAAAUUUUGGUGAAGUAUUCAGCGGACGCCUUCGGGCUGAUAACACACCAGUGGCAGUAAAAAGCUGUCGGGACACACUGCCGCCAGACUUAAAGGAUAAGUUUCUAAUGGAAGCCAGAAUACUGAAACAAUAUAGUCACCCUAACAUUGUCAAACUUAUUGGAGUCUGCACACAAAAACAUCCAAUUUACAUUGUUAUGGAGCUAGUGCAAGGUGGAGACUUUCAGACGUUUCUACAGAAUCAAGGUCCCAGGCUGAAGGUGAAAGAGCUUAUUAGGAUGUCAGAAAAUGCUGCGGCUGGAAUGGAGUAUUUGGAGAGUAAACAUUGUAUUCACAGGGACCUUGCAGCCCGUAACUGUCUGGUCACUGAGAAAAAUGUCUUAAAGAUAAGUGACUUUGGCAUGUCCAGAGAAGAAGAAGAUGGAGUGUAUUCAUCCACUGGGGGGAUGAAGCAGAUUCCUAUUAAAUGGACGGCGCCAGAAGCCCUCAAUUACGGUCGGUACAGUUCAGAGAGUGAUGUUUGGAGUUUUGGUAUCUUACUCUGGGAAGCCUUCAGCUUGGGUUCCGUUCCUUAUGCAGCUAUGACCAACCAGCAAACAAGGGAGGCCAUAGAACAGGGAGUUCGUCUGCUUGUCCCAGAUAACUGCCCUGAUGAAGUCUAUAGCUUGAUGCUGAGAUGCUGGGAAUAUGAUCCAAAGAAGCGGCCUAAUUUCAGCAUUGUGCAUCAGGUGCUUGUCACCAUCCGCAAGAGAUACCGAUAAGUCUUCUGAUACUAUGAACUCUUUCCUGGCAGAUAUUCACUGCAUUGCAAUAAGGGGCUUUGUGUGCCAUCCUUUCUGGGUUUCACUGCAGAAUCUUUUAGUGAUUCCCUUACUGAUGCAAUAGGACUCUGUUUUCCAUCCUUUCUGGGUUUUACCGCGGAACCUUAGGCAUUGGUGCACUGUAGUAAUUGGGUGGUGUGUGCCAUCCUUUUUGGGUUUCACUGCAGAACACCCCAGAGAUGCAUUUACUGGUGAACGUCUGCAACAGGGCUUACUUGCCUGUUCUUUUUGGGUUUUAUUGCAAACCCUUAGAGAUUCAGGUAUUAGAGCACAGCAGUACAUUUUUUUACUCACUGUAGUCAUGGGGCAUGUGUCAGUGUGGCAGACGUUGACUUAUUGCUGCACUGCAGAAACAGGUCUCUGGGCUAAGGUUGUCAUCUGAACAGUAUUUUACUGGCCUAGCCAACAGUGAUGUGCAGUUCCGGUUUUCCCCGACCUGCACCUGACCCUAACCCGACCUCCCUCCACCCACGCCCGCCCGCAACUUCCAGGUUUCUUUUAUAGACCCGUACCGACCACUGAUGACAUCACAAACAGGGGCGGGCGAUAAGGUGCGUGUCUAUAAGAAAAAGGAAGCCGGCAGACCGGCAGUGCAAGUGGCUGUUGGGGAGAGCACGAGAGCAUGCCCGCCACCCACAACCGGAGGUGCAAAAUCAGCCCGCGCAGGUCCGGACUGCGAAUUUAAAUAGGCCCUGGCAUUUCAGGUACACAGAGGCCCAAUCAGCCCACAUAGAGGCCCAAACAGCUCCCACCAGCCCACUAAAUACUGACUUUCUAUGGGACCUUAUAGCAGCCCCUCUGGCAUUUGCCAGAACCCACAGAUUGCCAGUCCGGGCCUGAGCCCGCGGGUAUCAGCCCCGGCUUGCACAUCACUACUAGCCAAUAAAAUUAUGCUUCAUGCCAAUGUUAUUAAUAGUGAAAUGAGAUUAAAAUAUAGGAAAGUCUGUAUUUUUAUCCAGAGAAGGUGGCAACCCUACUAUGGGAAAUGGUUUUUCGGCAACAGAUAAUGAAGGAUUGUGGAAGAGAUUGUAAGCUCUGUUGACCCAUGUCACAAACACUCAAUACUCAGACCAAUCCAGGCCCAAGCUGAUGAGUUGAAAAGAAAAAAUGUCACCUGUAAUUUUAAAGGUGUGGAUUCAACCAACAUUUUCUAAACCAUCUUGCUUUUAUUAAUUUUGUCCUUGCCCCAUUGCUGCACUUCAGAGACCAAAACAACGUCAAAGAGCAGACACUAUUGAUUGUAGCUCAAGAGCAUGAGAACAUCAUACUUACUGUGUAUCAAUAGAAAUGUUAAAACAGGCAUGGGACAUGGUGUUUUCCAGAUAAGGGAUCUCAAUACCUUAAACAUUAAUUAAAAAGGAAUCCAAACGGAUUAAUUAUAUUUUAGGGUGACUUACAAGGUAAUAUUUAUUAUUAGAGAGAAAAAGGAAAUAAUUUUUAAAAGUCUGAACAAUUCAAUUAAAAUAGUCCAUGAGAGAAGAUUUUCCUGUAAUUUGGAGAUUUCUGGAUAACAGAUCCCAUACCUGUACUAAGUAUAUCGACUGGAAAGGACUGUUACUGACUACACCACAAUCCCCUCACGAUAAUUAUCUGCAUCUACAAAAUAUAGAGACUUGAUUAAAAAAAUUAAAUUUUUAUGCUUAGGGGCAAAUGUAUUAUUUUUUGCGUUAUUGUGAACAAAAAAAAAGCUAAACAUGAUCAAGCUUUUUUUGUACUUACGUUUUUUCCAGGAUUGUGUUUUUUUCUGCAAAUUUCAUAUUGAAGAAAGAGUUAAAUGGCUUAAAUUCUAUCAUGGAAAAAAAUUAUAUUGUUCAAGUCAAUAUCAUUAUUAAAAUUAGCAUUAAUUAAAAUAAAAGCUUUAAAAACA